GCUGCGGCAGCGGAAGCGCAGACGGCUGGAGGCUGCCUACCUCUCCUCCUCCCCGGCGGUGGAGCCCUCGUGGGGGUCUAUGCCCGGUCACCAUGACGACGCUGGCGAAUGCCCAGAAUGCCAGCAAAACGUGGGAACUGAGUCUGUAUGAGCUCCACUGGACCCCUCAGACGUCCAUCAUGGAUGGCACAGAAAUUGCAGUUUCCCCUCGGUCGCUGCAUUCAGAGGUCAUGUGCCCCAUCUGCCUGGACAUGCUGAAGAAUACGAUGACAACCAAGGAGUGCCUCCACCGAUUCUGCUCUGAUUGCACUGUCACGGCCCUGCGCAGCGGGAACAAGGAGUGCCCUACCUGCCGAAAGAAGCUGGUAUCCAAGCGGUCUCUGCGGCCAGACCCCAACUUCGAUGCUCUGAUCUCUAAGAUCUACCCCAGCCGGGAGGAAUAUGAGGCCCACCAAGACAGGGUGCUCAUCCACCUCAGCCGCCUGCACAACCAGCAGGAGCUGAGCUCCAUCACUGAGGAGGGGCUGCGCAUGCAGGCCAUGCACAGGGCCCAGCGUGUGAGACGGCCGAUGCCUGGGUCAGAUCAGACCACAACGAUGAGUUGGGGGGAAGGAGAGCCGGGGGAGGGAGAGGGGAAUGGAGAGGACGUGAGCUCAGACUCCGCCCCUGACUCUGCCCCAGGCCCUGCUCCCAAGCGACCCCGUAGAGGGGGCGCCGGGGGCAGUGUAGGGACAGGGGGAGGUGGCACUGGUGGGGUGGGUGCGGGUGCCGGUUCUGAACACUCUGGUGACCGGGGAGGGACGCUGGGAGGGGGAACCCUGCCCCCCCCAAGCCCUCCCGGGGCUCCCAGUCCCCCAGAGCCAGGUGGAGAAAUUGAGCUCGUGUUCUGGCCCCACCCCCUGCUCGUAGAGAAGGGAGAAUACUGCCAGACUAGGUAUGUGAAGACAACUGGGAAUGCCACAGUGGACCAUCUCUCCAAGUACUUGGCCCUGCGCACUGCCCUCGAACAGAGGCAGCAGCAAGAGGCAGGGGAGCCAGGAGGGCCUGGAGGGGGUGCCUCUGACGCCGGAGGACCUGAUGGGGGAGGCGGGGAGGGUGGGGGUGCCGGAGGAGGUGAUGGCCCUGAGGAGCCUGCCUUGCCCAGUCUAGAGGGUGUCAGUGAAAAGCAGUAUACCAUCUACAUCGCCCCCCGGGGUGGAGCUUUCACGACACUGAAUGGCUUGCUGACCCUGGAGCUCGUGAAUGAGAAGUUCUGGAAAGUGUCCCGACCACUGGAGCUCUGCUACGCCCUCACCAAGGAUCCAAAGUGA